GGAAAUGAACUAUUUGGGGCGCACAAAAACUGCAUUGUCCUGUUGAUGCUGUUGCUCCUGAGUAAUGCUUUGGGGCCAUGCUCAGGUAAACCUUUGAAUGGGAGAAAGCCCUUCGCCGAGACGGCUAAAGAAAUCGCUGGCUAUGCAGACAUUGCCCAGAAAAUAAUUGACCUGGCCGUAUACGGCAAGGCUCAGAACCGCUCGUAUGAGAAACUCGCGGUUUUCACCGAUACGAUCGGUAACCGUGUGAGCGGGUCAGAGAACUUGGACUUGGCCAUAAAGUACAUGUACAAUGCCCUGAGGCUAGACGGACUGGAGAACGUGCAUCUAGAACCUGUGAAAAUCCCUCACUGGGUCAGAGGAGAGGAGAGCGCGACCAUGGUGCUUCCGCGGAACCACAGCAUGAGCGUCCUUGGUCUGGGAAGUAGCGUGGGAACACCAAAGGAGGGUAUCGAGGCUGAUGUGAUGGUGGUGGAGUCCUUUGAGGAGCUGAAGAGAAGGGCGAAUGAGGCUAAGGGGAAGAUAGUGGUCUAUAACCAGCCGUUUGUCAGCUAUGGGGAAACCGUGCGGUACAGGGCAGACGGAGCUUCGGAGGCAGCCAAAGUGGGAGCGGUGGCCUCCUUAAUCCGCUCCAUCACUCCGUUCUCUAUUAACAGUCCACACACAGGUUGGCAGUGGUACCAGCCAGGGGUGCCCAAGAUACCCACUGCCUGCAUUACAGUGGAGGAUGCCCAGAUGAUGGCCAGGAUGGCACGCCGCGGGCAGAGGAUCGUGGUGCGGCUCUUCAUGAGUGCCCAAACGUUGCCAGAUGUGGACUCCUACAACACGGUGGCGGAGAUCGUUGGCAGCACGCACCCAGAGCAGGUGGUAUUGCUCAGUGGACAUUUGGAUAGUUGGGAUGUUGGACAGGGAGCCAUGGAUGAUGGAGGCGGUGCGGCUAUUUCCUGGGAGGCUCUGUCUUUGAUCAGAGACCUGGGUCUCCGCCCAAAGAGAACCCUGAGAACGGUUCUGUGGACCGCAGAGGAACCAGGCGGAGUGGGAGCCUCCCAGUACUACCAGUACCACAAAGUCAAUAUCUCCAACUUUGAUCUGGUGAUGGAGUCAGACCUGGGCUCGUUUCGGCCUCUCGGCCUGCAGUUCACAGGAAGUGACAAAGCCAGGGCCAUAAUGAAGGAAGUGAUGCAACUGUUGGCGCCAAUCAAUGUGACCAGCCUGGAAGAGCAUGGCGAAGGCACUGACAUUAACAUGUGGAUGGAGGCAGGAGUACCAGGUGCCAGCCUGCACACGGCAGACAGCAAAUACUUCUGGUUUCACCACACUGACGGAGACACCAUGACGGUCCAGAGCCCGGAGGAGAUGAAUCUCUGUUCGGCCGUGUGGGCCGUGGCCGCGUACGUCGUCGCCGAUCUGGACGAGAUGCUGCCGCGGUAACGGCUCCAUCGCAGCCUGUGCUUUUCAGGAUUUUGGUCUCCUCUCCACGGGGAAAACGUCAGGGACCCUCUGCCACACGCCUCACCCGCUUCUCAACACAUUUCCUCUGGGCACACGGACUUCAGCAGUCUGCGUUGUCCACAUCUGAACAUGUAUUCUUUACCGAGUCUUUAAAAAUUCACCUCUGGGACUCUGUAUGCUUAUUGUCAAAUUGCCUCUUUAUGUUGUCCACAUCUGAACAUGUAUUCUUUACCAACUCUUUAAACCUUCACCUCUGGGACUCUGUAUGCUUAUUGUCAAAUUGCCACUUUGUGUUGUCCACAUCUGAACAUGUAUUCUUUACCAACUCUUUAAACCUUCACCUCUGGGACUCUGUAUGCUUAUUGUCAAAUUGCCUGUUUUUACUCUUGAGGUUUUCCAUUUGUGUUUUUGUUUGUUUGUUUGUUUUGUGUUGUUCUGUUCUGGAUCUGUAAUGACCCCAUUUGCUGUGCAAUAUGAUAUUUUUGUACCCACUUCAAUAGACUGACCAUAAUGCUUUGUGAAGAAUGGGAAAUACAGAGAAU